GAUAAAUUUAUGUUAUGUGUUGAUAAAUUAUGGAAAUAUUGUUAGUUUUGUUGUAUAAUUUAUUUACCAAUGAAUUAGUUCUUUGUAAUUUAAGCUGAUUAACACAUAAACAUUGAUUAUUAUCGGUAGAAUUAUGCAUAAUAAGGUGUGACCUAUUAUUUCACCUACUCAUGUUGUCUAUCAAUUAUGUUACACAUGGAUAAUUGACUUUAUACUGUUCAAACGUUCAGCAUUUGAAUUAAAAUUAGUGAUAUGUAGUUUUACAAACACAAUGUGAUUAAGAAAAGACUGGACAAUGUAUAUUACAAUACUUUCAAUAUCGGUACUGGUAUCUUUAGUUAUGUCUUUGAUUUUCUGCUUGUGUUGGAAAAAGAAAACCCCCAGCAAUGAUUGGCUUGGUCUUGAUGGCAUGGUUACUCAAAAAAACCCUGAUGAAAAUGUGAAUCACUUGCCUUCUGCUGCACCCUGUGUUGUUGAUGGUUUUAAUGCUAGUGAAGACACUAUAGAUGCUCAUUUACGAUGCACAAUCACCAAUACAAGAAGAAGUUUACCGGAUAUUCCAUCCGACCAAAAUGCUGUAAAUUGGGAACCCCAUGGAGACAACUCAUCAGAACAUUAUGCUACAGUUGGCCAGUACCACAAUAAUGCUAAAAGGCAUACCCUGGCAAAUGGAGACACCAGACCAAGUAUUUCACAACAUAGCUCCAUGAGUCAGGCUGAUGAUUUUUCUCCCUAUGAAAGAGUCAAAUAUGAUAAAAUACACAAAAGGGAACAUCCAUAUGCCCACGUGCAGUCUAAUAGCAGUAGGUCUGUUUUGCGUGAACAAAAUCAGGCUGUUUCCGAAGAAAGAGUUAAUUUAUUAAGGGUUGAUGGUCAGGGUACUUCUAGUGAAACGGCAGCUCCUUCCCGAUCUCGUCGUUCGUCUGCCCAAAGCGCAAUUGGAGUCGAUAUACCUGCCGCCUCCGCGGUGGCGGGAGGUAUCGCCGCCAGUCCCGACCUGCCUUAUAUGACUCCGCCCGUUACCCAAGCCAAUUUUAGUGGAGAUUCACAAGAUUCCUCAAAGGGAUACACCAGUAUUAGUGUCAGAGAACCACUGGCUAACAUAAUGGCUCAGACCAAAGAAAUGAGCAAAAAUAAGAGAGACCAAGACCCACAUUAUGCCACUGUAUCAGACGAUUCUGACGACGUCUAUACGACAAUACCCGAUCCAAACCAAAUAUACACAAGCGAAAGCGAAACCUACGCGCGCAUACCAGCGUUGCCGAUAACGACCGAAGUGGAAAUUAAUGCCGUUCCUUUCUUAAGUGAGCGGGAUUCUACAGGCGAAUUGAACGGUCCUGUGUACGAUGCCGCCACCUCUCAACCUCCCCCACCCAGCGUCGACAGCUUGAAACAAGUGGCAGGGCAUUCCAAAGGCCACUCCAGACAAGCGUCAACCUCGAGUUCUGUGGCAAAUAUAGGAUCACCCAAGCCUGAAAAACGACAAGCUAAUUCACCUCUACCCCCUCCACCGAUGACAAGUUCAUUCGAUUUCCAAACAGAGAAAGUGUCGCGAAAUUUGGAAGACAUGUACGCUAAAGUGCACAAAAACAAAAAAGAAUGCACGCCAAGUGAAAAAUCCGUUGAGAAUCACACCCCAGAUCCAUCCUCAAGAAAUUCCGUGGGAGUUGUGGAAGAACGGAGAAGGAAAGAACAUAACUAUGAAACGCUUAAAAAAUCGCCGCGUAAAACAAGUGAUCCAGGCUACGAAAAAAUAGGAAACGAAGAGCCAGGUUACGCCAGUAUUAACGGACCGGAAAGUAUUAACAGCAGCGACCCGGGGUACGAAGUCCUUAAAAACCGAACCACCUCAGAAUCGGACCCAAACUACGAGCAACUGCGACACCGAACCUCGAACGCGAGCGACUGUGCGGGAUAUUCGAGAAUCAAAGAGAAAUCGGACGGGUAUUCGGUCGUGAAUAAACGUCCCAAAACCGGCGACUACGAAAACAAUUCCGAGCCAGACUAUAACAGCGAAUCCGAUCCAAAUUACGAGUCGGUAAAUCAAAAUGAUCCAAACUACGAAAGUGUAAAGGAUUUCGAGCCGCCGUACGAACGGUUGGACGACGAUUCGAGUCGAACGGAUUCUGAUUUGACUGCAUACGAGAAAAUCAAGAAGAAAAGUACCGACACUUCGGAGAGUUCAAGUGCGGAUAAAUCGUCCGAUCCGCCGUACGAGCAGCUGGCAAACGAUACCGAUUCCGAAGUUCCCGGUUACGAACGAAUACAAAACUUCAGCACGUCCGAUUUGGCCAUUAACACAGAGUCGGAUUAUUCGACGAUAAAAAGUUUAAAAAGGAACAAAUCAAGUAGCAAUAUUCACGAUGAAGAUGCAAUAUUUCAGGUUUAAUAAUUGUAUCAGUAUUUCAUGCCUAGAACAUGGUGCUAAGUAAUCUAUACUUACUUUAAAAAUUAAAUUAUGUGAUUACUAAACUUUUAAAAAAUUUAACACGUUUUUCAACUCCAGCCAAAACUACUUUUGAUUUGAUAGGUAUUACUUUUUAAAUAUUUUUAUGCCAAACAGUUCUGAUUAUGCUACUGCUUCUUAAGAAUAAAAUCAUUUUUAUACAAGUUUGUUGCAAUAUUAUAGUUUUUUAUAAACAUGUUUUUAUUUAUA